GAGAGGUUUUUUAAACUGAGGCGUGAGCGAAGGCCACCUAGAGAGGCAUUAUGGACUCCUGCCUGCGAGGACCCCUAGGUGGCGCCAUUUUGGAGUCGCAGCGAGCUGAGGAAGCGCUGUCUCUUCCGACCCCAUCCCCGGCCGGCGCCCCUCGUCCCGCUCCGGCCUCCAGGAUGAGCGUGGUGGAGCAUGUGCGAGAGAUGGCGGCUGCCGGGCUCCACUCCAAUGUGCGGCUCCUCAGCGGGCUCCUGCUCACCAUGAGCGGCAACAACCCUGAGUUAUUCUCGCCAUCACAAAAGUACCAGCUUCUUGUAUAUCAUGCAGAUUCCCUCUUCCAUGACAAGGAAUAUAGGAAUGCUGUAAGUAAGUAUACAAUGGCCUUGCAGCAGAAGAAAGCAUUAAGUAAAACUUCAAAAGUAAGACCUUCUACUGGGAAUGCCGCAGCCACUCCACAAAGUCAGUGUCUGCCAUCUGAAAUUGAAGUGAAAUACAAGAUGGCUGAAUGUUACACAAUGUUGAAGCAAGAUAAAGAUGCUAUUGCUAUACUAGAUGGAAUUCCUUCAAGACAGAGAACCCCCAAGAUUAACAUGAUGUUGGCAAAUUUGUACAAGAAGGCAGGUCAAGAACGCUCAUCUGUUACGAGUUACAAAGAAGUGCUGAGACAGUGUCCAUUAGCACUCGAUGCAAUCCUAGGUUUGCUGUCACUUUCAGUAAAAGGGGCAGAAGUGGCUUCCAUGACAAUGAAUGUUAUUCAGAGCAUCCCUAACUUGGACUGGCUUUCAGUGUGGAUCAAAGCGUAUGCAUUUGUGCACACUGGAGAUAAUACUAGAGCAAUCAACACCAUCUGCUCAUUAGAAAAAAAGUCUCUACUGAGGGAUAAUGUGGAUCUUUUGGGUAGCUUAGCAGACCUGUACUUCCGAGCUGGAGAUAAUAAAAACUCGAUUCUGAAAUUUGAACAGGCACAAAUGCUGGAUCCUUAUCUGAUAAAAGGAAUGGAUGUAUAUGGUUACUUACUGGCACGUGACGGUCGACUGGAGGAUGUGGAGAACUUGGGCUGCCGUCUUUUCAAUAUUUCUGAUCAGCAUGCAGAACCAUGGGUGGUGUCAGGGUGUCACAGUUUCUACAGUAAGCGAUACUCCCGUGCCUUGUAUUUAGGAGCCAAAGCUAUUCAGUUGAAUAGUAAUAGUGUUCAAGCUUUGCUGCUGAAAGGGGCUGCUCUUAGAAAUAUGGGACGAGUACAGGAGGCAAUUAUACAUUUCCGAGAAGCAAUACGCCUUGCACCUUGCAGGCUUGACUGUUAUGAAGGCCUCAUUGAUUGUUAUCUGGCAUCCAACAGUAUCCGUGAAGCAAUGGUUAUGGCUAACAAUGUGUACAAAACCCUGGGAGCAAAUGCACAGACGCUUACUCUGUUAGCAACAGUCUGUCUUGAAGAUCCAGUCACACAAGAGAAGGCAAAAACCUUAUUAGAUAAAGCACUGACACAGAGACCGGAUUACAUUAAAGCAGUGGUAAAAAAAGCAGAGCUUCUUAGUAGAGAACAGAAAUAUGAAGAUGGAAUAGCUUUGUUGAGGAAUGCACUGGCCAAUCAGAGUGACUGUGUUCUGCAUCGAAUACUAGGUGACUUUCUUGUAGCAGUCAGUGAAUAUCAAGAAGCCAUGGACCAGUACAGUAUUGCCCUAAGUUUGGAUCCCAAUGAUCAGAAGUCUUUAGAAGGAAUGCAGAAAAUGGAAAAAGAGGAGAGUCCAACAGAUGCAACCCAGGAAGAGGAUGUGGAUGACAUGGAGGGAAGUGGAGAAGAAGGAGAUUUGGAGGGCAGUGAUAGUGAAGCAGCACAGUGGGCAGAUCAAGAACAAUGGUUUGGCAUGCAGUGAAGAUUUUACUUAAACUGAUAUGGGUUUCAGUUCUUGAAUGUGCCCUGAGAUCCAUUGUUUUCUGACGGAAGAAUGUCACCUGCAAUUUUUGUAUUAACAAAGUGGACUUUAUAAAAACAACAGACUUUGAAACCAUUUAAUGGUUCUCUGCAUCACAGUUCUGUCUUUUUUGUGAUGCUUCCUAUUUAUCAGUGAUAAGAUUGAGCUGAACCAUGCUGGAGAUUUAUAAGAGUGACUGACUUAUAGUCUUUUCUUGCUGAAGCUAGAAUCUUGAGUAUAAAGCAUUUCAUACAAUAUACCUAUUGCUAGUGCCUAAAAUAUCAAAAUUGAGUUCGAAACUAAGUAGUCUUGAUCCUUAGCUAUAGAUGUAAAUACAAGAGUUUUUUUUAUUCCUUUGUGAAAGGCUUUAUUCUUUUGUCAGGGUUCAUGCUUGAAUUCUUGUGGAAGCUUAUGGGAGUCACUUGUAUGUAUUUGAAAGGAGCAAUUUUUCCCCUCUCUUCAGCCUUAACCUGUUUGGUGUAAGGCAUUGCACUAACUUUAAAGGUGGAAUUUGUAUCUCCGGCAUCCCUGACUUAUAGGAUGCUUUGUAACUAAUCAGUUUUUAUGUGCAAAGAAUAGUGCAAUGUUAGAAUUAUAGUAAUUUCCCCAAUCCAUACAAAGCCCUAUAAUCACUUAACCUAUACGUGAACAUUUACUUCUAAAUAGAGUUCAGUUUUAUUUAGGUAAGUUCUCGAAGGCCUUACAACAGCAGUGACAUAAAGCCACUUCACAUCCUGUGCGUGGCACUGUCAGUUAAUUUUUUUUUAAACUUCUCCAUUGCAUCACUAGUAGAAAUUUUAAAUUAGAAUGGCUGUCUUGGCUUUCUUUAUAUUUUACACUUAAAAUAUAGCUUUACCUAUUGAAAAUAGAAUCUCGUGCUAUCACCUGCUAAAAUGAUACUGAAUUGUCCACAGUAGAAAUUGUCCACAGUGGGCAUCUCUUUUUAAAUGUAAAGCUUUCCUAGAAACCAGAAAACCGUACAAAACUAUUUCUGUGGCACUUAGAUUUUGCAAAAGAACUACCCUUGUCCUAGUGUUUCACUCCUGAUUUACUUGCUUCUUGCUAAAACAUAUGUCUUUAUUACGCUUUCUAAUGGUGCUGUAUUUCACAUUGUCUUCAGUCCAUGGUCAUGCAUAGCCUUGUAAUUCUGCCUGUGGCUGCUCAAGUCUAUUGUACUGUUCAGUGCUGUCAUAGCAGCUGAAGCAGAGGUUGACUGGUUUUUGUACUGAAACUUUUUGAUACUCUAGAGCAAAUACUUGACACAAAAGAAAACAAGCUUUUCACUAACUAUACUAGCAUAGCACAUACAGAAAUAAAAUACAUGAAAUAUCUUCAUUCCCAAAAGCAUACAUAAAAAUACAUAUUAAAAGGAGAGGACGUUUAAUCCUAUAACACAUUAUAGCCUAUUGAUUUUGGGAUGUUUAGCAUGUGUAAGCAUUAGAGUCUGGAUAGCUUCUUCCUGUUCAUAGCCAGACAGCUACCCAGAAUGGAUAGUCUCCUCUUUCCAGUCUUUUAGCUGUGUUUGAGGGUGGGGGAAACCACUAGCUUUUCUCUAGUGUCAAUUGAAUUCCACUAAAGUAAUUGAAAAAUAAGCAAGCAGGUACCCUGCCUUACUGCCCUAUUAUUGAUGGUCUUAAUUAAGAAGUCUGUUGGUUUUAUUAUCUCAUUUCACUAAACUCUGCAAUCCAAAUGGGCUACACUUAAACUAAAAUCCUAUUUAGGUAGCUGCUCUCUGAGAUUUGUGAUCAGUACGCUUCCUGGCUCAAAUCUACUUCAUGAAGAUUUCAGCUGUUUGUUUGUCAUUCAGCAGUGGAUGGUGAUAGGUUUCAACUCCUUUCAUGUUGUUAAUUCUCUACAGAAGGAAACUAAAAACCAAACUGUUCCUUUUGCAGUCUGUCCAUUUCUUCUUUUCUCUGCAAUAAACCUCAAAAUCUGUGCUGGUUCUGAAGGUUAACAAAGGUGGGCUGAUACAAGUCUCUUAAUUGUUUGUCAGACCCUAGUUGUGAAGAUCAUAAGGGAGCAUUUAAUACUUGUAAUCUGAAGUAAAGCAAAAAGGCAUUGUGUGUUUAAAAGCUGAUGAGUGUGUGUGGGAGGCAUAUGGUGUAUGUUUUAAAUUGGCAGCUGCUCAACUGAGGGUUUUUACUUCAAAUGACUCAUUCAGAUGCCCCUAGUCACAGCUGCUCUUUUAUAGCUUCCAGCUGUGUUAGUACCAUGCAUUGCAACACUUCUUUCUCUCUAAAGCAAGGUUUACGUGGUACAAGAAACCUGAAGGCUGGAGCCCAGUCAUAAAAUGGUUCAGAGUGUUUAUAGGUAGGAAAGUGUGAACACGUGUCUGUUAGUUUUCUCACCUUAGAUUGUUCUCUUUGGUUAGAUGUAGCCUAACUAUUGAAUAGCAACAGCAAGUGCUGUGAAUAAGUUUUGAAAACCUUUAUCUUGUAGUAGCAUAAACCAGCCCCUGCAGGCUGGUCCUUCUUUCAUUUCACUCAAGGCCCAGCCUUGAUCCCUUUAGUAAGUGAUAGAAGGAACCCAAUUAAAUGUUAGGGAGAGGUAAAAUUAUAUUGCAUUUUUGCUUAUUUCAAAGUAAGUUCUUGGCAUCCAUGUGCAAGCAAAUUGUUAUUGGGUAAGACUUCUGUUAAGACUGUCUCUUUGACAAGAAUGGAGGCCAGAUUUCAAGAGGCAUUUCUGCUGUAAAAAACUUCGUUGUAGAUUUUCCUUAUGAGCAACUGUGGAAAGCUUAAUUUAGACUCCUUUUUACAUCCAAGAAUACAGCCCCCUGGUUUUUUUGUUUUGUGUUGAGAGCGAAUGUACUCUGCUCGUUAUCUAAAAUAUAAAAAGCUCAGCCAGAUUCUGCAUAUAAUAAUGUUAGAGCUGCAUUGAUCGUAUCAUUUAUAUAAGUUUGCUAAUGAGUGUACUGUGGAUAGAGAUGGAAUUAUUUUAAAGAAUAUUUUAACACAUUUGUCUCAAUUCUAAGGGGAUUCUUGGUCUAUUAAAGACCCUUCAUUAACAGUCUAAUUUUAGAACAUGAGCUGUCUUUACAACCUUGUGCUCCUGAAUCCUGUGGUUUUUGUCUAGUUUAGGGAAUAUAGUUAAUGCAAUUAGCCCAUAACAAGUAGUUGUUCUCAUUCAGUACUUUAAUCCUUUGCUGUGUACACUCCAAGAGGUACGAAACCCAGAACUACAUCACACUCUUGACAUGGGUUGAGCUUUAAACUCCCUAAAGCGAUGCACUUAAUAGUGAGGUUAGAAUGUCAUAGCUACCCAACUGCUUUUUGCAGUACAAUGGGCAGAUUAUCUACUCUUUCAGACCACCUGCAAUUGCUAGUCUCUGGUAAAGGGCAAAGACAAAACCUGCAUAUUUGCUUAAAAUUCUUGCUGUUUGACAUUAAAUCACAAACUUCAUUAACAUCACAUUUUACUGUGGUGGAAAGACCCUGCUAUGAUGCUCAGAGACCAAAGUUCCCUCAACUCUAGAUCUCUUCCCUACAAUCAUGUAAGCAUUACAAAUCUAUUUUGCCAGCAGCUCAAGGUAAAACGUGUUGGAGUCAGGUAGUCCUGAAGCUGCUCAAUAACAGCUGUUCUGUAGCAAGUUUCUGAACCUCUUGCUAAAUUUCCCUGUCUGUAAAAUGGGGAUAGUGCUUAUCUCCCUACUGCACAAGGAUGUGAGAAUUUUAAGCAAAGAUUAUACACUGAUUAGAAAACCAUAAGGUGCUAUGUAAGUGCUGUUUACCCAAUUAGAGUGUCAUAUUCUUUCUACCCUUCCUUUCCUGUCAUUCCAAAUUAUAGAGAGCUCUGUGUAAUUAGUAGCUUUCUCCUUAAUAAUCAGCUUCCUCCAUAGGCUUAUUUCACACAGUGAUGGUUAGAGCCUUCCCUCUUCAUGACUCUGGAGCUGACAUUGAAGUUUAAAUCAGCUGGAGGAGCAGCAGAGUUUUUGUUACACAAAAAACUCAAGAUGUGGCCUCAAAAGGAAUCCUAUCAGCUCUAUCUGCAUCGGUCUUCUGUGUAGCAUGGGAGUAUUUUAACCACCUUGUCUAAACCUAAAUUGCAACAAUUCAAUUCUGUUGGUGCCAACCCUUCUGUGGACACUUAAACCUGAAUUUAUAAAUUUACUAACACAAACUAACCAGCUAUAAACCAACUGUAAAUCAAAGUGAAUGUCAAUGUUUUCACCAGUUUAACAUACCUUUAGUUAAGUUGGAACACCUCUGUGUGUAGACCAGGCCUAACCUUGCUCAGAGCAGAUCUAGGCAAUGCUGCACCAGAACACCGAUUGGAUGCAGGCAAACUAGUGCAGCUGUGAAAAUGGGAGACUGAGAAUGUCAGUUGCAGUUUCCAUACUGACAGAAGGGAGGGGGAUAACUGGUA